AUGCUGGCGAGGUGGGCGGCGCCUGCACAGCUUCGGUCGAUUCCGAGGCGGGUGCCGUCUGUCUGUUCCCCGUCCCCUAAUGUGUUGAGCAGAUGCGGCAAUGAAAAGCUCGCCUUUGCAGUUUACAAGAGUGGCUGCAGUAGCGGAUGCAUAAGGGGCUGCACCACUGCUGCGUGCACGUCGCAGUGUCAAGAAAGGAAGCCAUGUGGUUGCUGUGACCUAUGGCCGAAAGAGGCUCGACGGGGCAGGCAUAUACUUGCUCUGCAAAGUAACGCUGUGAAUCAGCCACAGGAUGGUCCCCGUUCCAGGUGGAGGGGCUCACAAGGUGCAUUUCAGCCUGUGCCCCAGUCAGCCUUUGACAACGAACCGCCCCUACAAAUAGAAACUGGAAAUUCUGUCGCCUCGCUCAGAGAUAUGUCACGUUCCCCUCAGGCUCUUGUUAAAUACCUUGACAACUAUAUUGUGGGACAGACACAAGCCAAAAGGGCAGUUGCAGUCGCGUUGCGUCAGCGCUGGAGGCGCCGGCAGGUUGCCGACCCCGAAAUGAGGGCCGACAUCACGCCGAAAAAUAUUCUACUGAUAGGGCCCACCGGGGUCGGCAAGACAGAAAUCGCAAGGCGCCUAGCAAAGCAUCUGGAUGCUCCUUUCGUCAAGGUUGAGGCUACCAAAUACACGGAAGUUGGGUUUCACGGCAGGGAUGUCGAUCAGAUUAUCAAGGACCUCGUCGAGGUUGCAGUAAAGCAGAAAAGGACAAUCCUCGAGUCCCAGCUGAGGCUUGCAGCUAAGGAAAAGGCUGAAGCAAAAGUUCUGGAGGCACUGGCUGGAAAAAUGCCAGUAAGUUGGCUACGCGGCGAAGACACACAAUUUUGA